UGAAAACCCCGGGGAUUUUUUUUUUGGCAGCGAGACGAAUUAACAGCAUGAUAACAACCUGCAGAUACCUCGUUACAGUUAGUUUAUUACACGUUGUUGGGGGAGAAGAAGACGUCUUGUUGAUUGACAUAAAGGCCAUCUAAAUCGAAAGCGACAGGGCGUAUCUCCAAGACGCAGUCUUUAUUACGACUUACGCGUAUACAGUUAUCGAGUUACAAUAGCAAAUAUUCUAUUUAGUGUCCUCAGUCAUAUUUCGUCAGAUCACAAAGAGACAGAAUACCAACCACCUCAUGAUUUUGGCCCAUAUAUACUUAGGUCAUGAAAACUGAGGGAGAAUUAUUGUUAACCGCCGAUUAAAAAAAAAAGGAACAAACGCAAGAAGGAUUUACAUAUUUUGCAAAGAACGUCAUUCAGUGAGCAACCAGGUUUCUGCUGAGCGAGAUCCCACCUUUCCACUUCUGCACCAGUCUUAGAAGAUGAGACUCAGUCCACUAGCAUAUUCGAGAUGGAUGCGGCAAAGGAACGUUUGUUUCCUCGUCUUUCUUGCUACUUCUUGCCACAGUUGGGCUACUCCUGGCCUGCAAGAAUCUGUCAGCCAUACUGGAUGGCCACAGGGACUAAACGAAGUCAACCAAACUCUAAGCCUGCCAGAGCCUACGUCAACAAAAAACUUAGAAACUGCGGAAGUAAAUGGUAAUGGUUGGUCAGCCAUCAAAAGCGAUCAGAGUUACAGAAUAAAUGAAAAGAGCUUUCUCACACUUAUUACUAAGAACUGUAGUCUAUGCUGUAAGGAAUUUAAAGUAAAAUCUGUCGAACCUGACUGGAUAAGACUUGCUUCCGAUGGUUCUCACACACUCCAUUGCCUUGCUGAUUUCCCAUCAAUGAAAGGAAGAGUAAUAAUUAAUGUGUUUUGGAUCACAUCGAGUUGGAAAGAUGUUUGGAUCUACACUGGAAAUUCUACAGACGUGGUCUUAACUUGGGAUUUUCUGUCAGUUGGCCAGAAGGCCCUUGAAAUAAUCAUCGCCUGUUGCGUAUUGAGCAUGACAAUAGCAACAGUAUUAGGAAAUGGUCUAGUGAUAGUAACUCUUGCUGGGAAUUCUAAUAAAUUCGAUCCCUUUUGGAUGACCCGUACAUCUCUUGCCAUAACCGAUUUGGUGCGGGGCGCCUUCAUAAUGACUUUUGCCUUAUCUUAUACAGUAUUUCUGAUGAAAAAUGAGUUGAAGUUCAGUGAAACUAUGCACUCAGAGUUAUUUUCCUUUCCAACUUUCCAGCUUCUGUUCGAGCGAAGUGGUUAUGCCACUUUCUGUACGUUCCUUUCUGGACUUACUGAAGUGAUGACUUUUCAGUUACAGUGCUGGCUGGCAGUAGAAAGGCUGCUGAUGAGCAAGUACAGUCGAGACAGACGGUUAUUGCUGCUCCAGAGAGGAAAAACCAUGAACUGUAUCAUGUGGUUGGUUGGAACUGUUGUCCCUCUGUUGGUAUUAACUACAGGAAAACUCCCCUAUUUCGCUUCUGCAGCUGUUGAUCCAAUGACAAAACUUCCUUUGUUUAUUCCAGCCGACGAAGAGCUAAGUCCAAAUGAUUCACAGUCCUGGUGCCUCUUGGUUUACAUCUGCUUGUAUCUAAUAACGCUGAUCCUUUCCAUUAGAUCCUUUGCCAUUUUUAAAGCCCGUGCCGAGAGAGAGAUGGUCGACACUUUGAGAGACAGCACAAUUGCCAGAGCAGAGCAACAAGGAAGAGAGAAUCGUCGAAUUCAGACGACGAUGCAGCUGAUAACUAUUCUGUAUGUCGUGUCUGCCACCCCUCGCUUCAUUUCCCUGAUACCCGGACUGAAAGGGGAGGAGGCCCGUCCCAUCUACUUCUUCUCUCGGUGGGUAUUCAUAGCGAGUUCGUCGUGGAACUGGUACCUCUUCAACUUCCGCAGCCGGUUUUUCCUGGACAGUUUAUCGAGACUGUUACUGCGGCUGCCGAGGCUGCCGAGGAGUUUACGCGAACUGCUCGAAAGUUUCCUCGCGCCGAUUUCAGACUCGAACAUCGAAUGGGGAAGUUUGUGGUACGAACUGGAGGCCGAGAUCGAGAAGAAGAAACGUCAUCCAUCUGCUGUAGAGCUGACUUCAUCUUGCUAAAAAGGAACGGCUGAAUUUACAAUACAGACUAUACAAAAAAUAUAUGCCCUUAUUAUCAAUGAUGAUUCCUUUGGACUGUUAUGGUGGAGGUAGAGGAGAUAGAGAAGGGGGGGUGUUCAACGUUGAAUCCACCUAGGACGAGAAAGACCAAAGGAAACAUGGAUAAGGGAAAUGCCAAGGAGAGAGACUGGUGGUGAUUACUAUAGUAGAUUCACAUCAGCCGUGCACUUGAUGCCUAGGCCCGUCCCUUACGACGCUCCUGAUUGGCUGUUGAUAAGCCAAUCGCAGGGCUGGAAACUCUCUGUCUCUGUCGAGAGAGUUCACAUAGGCAGGAUGUAUGUUCCAACUCUCCUGAGGGAUACGUCUUUCAAACGUAUCCCUCAGAAGAGGUGGAACAUAUAUCCUGCCCAUGUGAACUCUCGAGAGAAGCUGAGAAUUUCCAGCCCUGUGAUUGGUGUAUCAACAGCCAAUCAGGAGCGUCGUAAGGGCCGGGCCUAAACAUCAAAUGCACGAUUGAUGUGAAUCUACUAAAUCUAGACCUCGAAGAAACCUAACAGUAGCAAAGAGAGAUAUCGGGCAUAAGGACACUUCGACCAACGCCCCCAACCCCCCAUUCUAUAUAAUCCAGAGAUUGGAUGGAUGAUUAAACAAAGCCGAAAAAUGCAUAAGUUUUUGAGGUAUCAAACGAAGUGCGCAAUUGAGGGUAUUAUUAAGGUUAAGCUUAACCAGGACCAGACGUAUAAAGGAUGUUGGAUAGGAUAUUCGAUUUAUAAAGCCAAGCACUGGGACCCACAGGGUCAUUCAGCGCCAUGAUGGCAAUGAGUGAAAAUGGUAAUGA